CAAGAUGGCGUCUUUUGGGGACAUUUCUGUGCCUUAUCAAAAUGACCUUCGCGUUUUAAUGAAAUACAUCUCGACUCUCGUGAACCUUGGCUAUGAAACUAUUGCUAUAAACAGGACCGUUUCACCAGACGUGAAGGGGAAAGGCGGGCAAGACAAAAUACCAGGUCCUCCAAAUCUAACCAGUUUGCCAGGGUUGGAAGAUUUGAAAAAAACUUGUCCGAAAUUAAAGCUGCUGUCGAGGAUAACUGUCAUUAUUGAAGACCAACAGCAAGUACGUUUUAUCCCCGGAGAAACUGUACAAAGUUACGACAUUGUUAGUGUACAACCGACAAAUGAAAAACUCUUCCAACAAAUUAGCCAGGCGGUUGAAUGUGACGUCAUUAGCUUUGAUAUGACGUCACGAAUGCCAUUCUACAUUAAGCAUCCUCAGGUGAACUUAGCUAUCGAACGAGGUGUGAGUUUUGAGAUACUCUAUGCGCCCGCCAUUCGAGACGAGAGCUUACGAAAGCAUACAAUUACAAACGCAUUGGAGUUGAUUCGCGUUUGCAAGGGUCGGAAUGUCGUCAUGUCGAGCGGUGCUGAACAGACAAUUGAGUUACGAGGCCCCUAUGACAUUAUUAAUCUCGGGCUGCUGUUUGGGCUAAAACCCGACCAAAGCAAGGCGACAGUUUCUAGGAAUGUUCGUAGCAUUAUCUAUCAUGCAGAAGCGCGUAAUAAGACUGUCAAGGGUGCAGUAAGUUUGGAAAAGAUGCCAGUCCCGGCAAGUAGUGUAAAGAGAGGUCAUGAGAAUGUUGAGCAAAGCAAAGAAUCUGAUCUCAAGUCAAAGAAAUUUAAGGUAUAAAAGCUUCAUAGUUUGACAAGGCGCAAGGUAGAUUUAGCAACGACUAAACAGCUUUGUGAAAGAUGAAACUUUAGGGACCCUCUUUAUUAGAUUGUGCUGUCUCCUACAGGCCUGACUGCACAAAACAAUUAGUCAUAUACGAUUUCUAUUCUGGCGUAUGUAGCGGAUUAAACACUUGUGCAUGCCCAAACUGAAUGAAGAGAAUUGUGGUAUUAUUUCAUACGCCAGAAUCACAAUCGUAUAUGAUUGAUCUUAUCAUGUAGACAGGCCUUAAUGUCCAUCUCUCAUAAUCAUAGUGGUGCCACCUGAUCCAUUGUACAUUUUAAAUUGAGUUCAGUUGUAUUCAGUAAGGGAGUAUGAUAUUUUGGAACCUGUUGGGGGAAUAGAUUUACUCGUACGAUUCUUCCAAGCGGUCCAACAAACGGAGUAACCAGAGGAAGUUUGGGGGUGUUUGAGUGAAUAUUUAGUACUAUAUUCUCACAUGUAACUGUGAAGAUCAGACAACUGCAUUGUGUUGAAGUCAAAGAGGUAGCAAUCAGGAAGCCACAUUAGCAAAUACUAAGUGGAUUUCACAAAAAAUUAUGUCAUUGUAGUGAACUUUAACUGGGUUGAAAUUUGUGUUUAUGUUAAACAGCUUUAGAUUUGUGUAAAGGUUAUCAUUUUUUUGCGCUGGUCACAUUGUAUUUUUGCAUUUUCCAUUGCUCGCAAACAGGUAGUUAUAUUAGAACAAGAUAUAGCAUGACUGAUUGGCAAUCAUAUUUUCACGGAAAGUAUGUCAUUUUCGUUAUAGAGCCUCUUUUUCAAAUCGUGAGCCAAAGUGACAUACGGAAAGGUCUAUUGUAGCCAAAUCUAGAGCUUUCUACCGUUGACGAGCAGCAAUCUGACUAUUUCAUUUUUCAAAGCACAAAAUGUGUGUGAUAAUCAACUUAUUUACUUCAAACAUCAAUUUAAUUUUUCUCACAAAUUGACCAAACCAACAAUAAAAAUUCGAACUGAGUUUUAAAGGUCAAUUUACACAACACAAAUUUUGCCUAAAACUGUCACAUGCAACCUGCUUACAACUUGAGUUGUACUGUGUAAAUCAAGUAUACAACUCGCCUAUGACAACAUGGGCAAGUUGUAUGCUUGAUAUCUAUUGUUGUAUACUGCUAUUUACUGAGACUUUCACUGUAGUAUUGAAAAUGUUCAUGUUUUAAUUUGUUUAUCAGGAAAAUAGCCUGGGUCUUUGCAGUGAUUAUAACUGCAAGCAUUUGUAUAAGAAAUUUGUAAAUUGAAAUAUAAAGGUUGUCUGUGUUACAUUUUUGUUAUAAAUAUAUAUAUUU